AAACCUUCAGUCGGUCAAGCAGGUCGUUAUAUCAGAUAUCACCAAUAUAUCGUGAAUAAGAAGUCACUGCAAUGGCUUCUACUACACCUUUGACCCGAUCCGCCUGCGAUCGAUGCCAUGCCAAAAAAGUCCGCUGCGUAUUAAAUCGACACCAAAGCAAAUGCGAGGGAUGCUUAAUCCAUAACAUUCGAUGUGUCUUCAGCAGUCCCGGCCGAAGUGGACGCCCGCCCUAUUCUUCCAGGCAAACCGAUGAAAGCUCAAGUGACUCGACAAGCUCAUCAGCCACAGCAGCAGCAGGAGCAUCUGCCAAUUCAAACACACAGACGGACCUUAGAGACGGCCUCGGUAGCUCGACAAUAUCUCUAUCUCAACUCGAUAACGAAACGUCGGCUUUGGGCCAUGGAUUCCCCCAAAAUAUAGAGUGUACAAUGGACGAGCCCUACCUCUAUACCCAAUUUGAAUCGGACUGUGAGGUUUUUGGGAGUCAACACCAACCUCCAGAUGUGAUUAUGCAGGAGAUCCUGCAAAACUCCGAUUUGAUUGGUCUGAAUGCGGAUCAAAUGGCAGCUUCUGGCCCCGGCCUAACAACAGAAAACAUCGGAUCUCUAACCGAGACCAUGCGAUUGCUGCAUGUCAUCCAGCAGCGUCUAUAUGAGGAAAGGGCAGUCAUGAAUGUAUCCGUAACCACAACCUCAAUAUUUCCAGGUCAUGCAGCCAAGGCACCGGACUAUGGAAUCUUCUUCCAACUGAUCGACCAAAUGCACGAUAUUCUACAAAAAUGGGUUGACAAUUUCCUCUCCAACGGUGCAACCCAGCCUUGCGACUUGACGGCUUCUAUGUCAUUCACAACGGCUUUAGCGACCGUCUUAGAAGUAUAUGAGCUCGUAGCUCGAUGUGGCAUUCUCAUGCUAUCUCCAUCACCACCACCAUCAUCAUCAUCAUCAUCAUCCCUGUCAGCAGGUAGCGAGGCUGUUUCUUCUUCUGCACCUGCAACCGGUAGGCAUCGUUCUUCUGCGUCGGAUGUGGAUAAGCCUGGUGCAGUCCAGGACUUGGGUCGGCGUGGAUCACAACAUUUCAUGACCUCGUCAUCUGGAUCUCUACCCACAUCUGAUUCCGUCAACAACCAGGGCAGAGUGUGGGUUGGAAGCUUCUCUCCAUCUCAAGAGAUCUCGCAACGCAUUCUUGCAUGUGUGCUCGAUCACCAGAUAUCCAUAUCCCAGAAACUGUUCACCCAGGCACGACGGCAAUUUUUCGUACAGGCACAGGGGAGUGAAACACUCCCUCAAUCGUCUCCGCAACCCUGUUACGCUUUGCUGCAGCUUCUAGAACAUCUGCAGGAACGCUUGGCCAAGAUAAAAUCUGUUGCGUUGGCUACAAGUAAGCGUUUUCAAUGGGCUUGGACCAAGUUACCCACCAGGUUCAAGGUGUCCAAGCGAUUCGUGGGUGUGAAUACAACAGCACACAAGAUAACAUAG